CUAUAACAAUCUCAGAAUUCGGACCACUACCACGCGUCAAUGAAAAACGAACAACCAUUUUUGGCUUUGAUUUCUUGAUUAUGUUUUCAGUUAUUGUUUCUUAAUUUCUAUUCUUUUUUCUCCCAUCGUUAUUCCAUAAUAUCAAGAUUAAAGUGUACCAAGAAAGCUACAAAAAAAAAAAAAAUGGCAGACGAAACGUUUCCAUCUGCAGAUCUUGCUGGGGAACUGAAUCCUGGGAAAAAUACUCAUGUUGAAGUUGAUCCUAUAUCUUCUGAGGUUGCUUCCACCAAGGAAAUGAAGGAGGAAGCUGCAGCCAAUCAAAAGAAAAAGGACAUUGAAAGGAAGGAAAGUUUGGAAAAACUAAAAUCAGCAAUUAUAAUUUCAGGCAUAGUUGUGGCUCUGGUAGGAGCAGCAUUUGCCAUAACCAAAAAAUUAAGAGAGAAAUGAUCCUACAUUCCUCAACACUCGAGAGUAGUAGAAAAUUUAUAGAAAUUAUCUUCUAUAUUUGUCUUAAUACAAGACUUCUUUUUGUAUGACUUAGUUCCCAUACUCUCUGGGAUUUUUGGUUCUCAAAUAAGUACCCAGCACAUCAUG